UUACCGCCAUCACCAUUCAUUCAACUGAAACAACCUAUUCUGUUUUUAAAGCCCUAACACACCAAUUUCCAAAAUCCUUGGAUUACCCCAGAAUCCCCAAAUUCCCCUAAUGGCCUUCGAUUCCGACGACGAUGAUUUCUCCGGCACCGAUUCCGAUGAAGGCUUCCAAGCAGAUAUGGAAGCUCUCAAAAAAGCUUGCCUUCUCUCCGGCAAAGACGCCGACGACCUCCAACCUUCAUCUUCCUACGCCGAUGGACACGUCGCCGGUGCGAAUGAUGUAACGCUCUCUGAUACUGACGCUGAUGAGGAUGAGGAUGAUGACUUUGAGUUGGUGCGUAGUAUACAAGAGCGAUUUGCCCUAUCAACGGAGGUUCACGACCCUAUAAGUAUGAAGCCGUUGUGCUCUAUUCUUCCACCUGGUUCAGAGGGUGAUGAGGACGAUGAUUUUGAAACCUUACGUGUUAUUCAGCGCCGAUUUGCGGCUUACGGUGACGAUAAUGGGAAUGGAAGAGAGGAGAGUCUUUUUGAUAAAUUUGAGCAGGUGGGUGUCACUAAUAUAACCUCGGAAAAGGAAACUUCCAAUAAUUUAUUUGUUGAGACAACUAAUGCUGAGGAAGGGUUUCCCGCUUGUGUAGAUAGAACCAUACAGAUUUCCGAAGAAUGCAGUAAUGACGUUGCUAGGUCUAAGAAUCUCACUGAUGGACAUGAUUCUGGUGCUGAAACCACAGCUAUAUCAGUUAAUUCUUCUCGCUUCCCAAAAUCAGCACAUGCAUUUGUUGAUGCCAUAAAGAAGAACAGGGCUUGUCAGAAACUUAUUCGAGAGAAGAUGAUGCAAACUGAAGCAAGGUUGGAAGAGUUGAAAAAAUUAAAGGAGCGGGUCAAGAUCCUAAAAAGCUUUCAGCUCACUUGCAAAAAGAAAAUGGGGCGAGCAUUGUCACAGAAAAGAGAUGCUCGUGUCCAGUUAAUUUCUUUGCCAAAGCAAAGGUUCAGUGCAAAGCUCCCGGGAAAGAAGUUAUCUGCAAUACAUUCUGGACCUCCUGAGAAUUCUCAUGUUGCUAGCUUUAAGGAGGCAUUGACACAAUUUGCUGUCUCAUUGAGUCGCAAGGAUUGGUCCAAGGAAGAGAGUGAAAAUCUUGCGAAAGGAGUGAAACAACAAUUUCAAGAGAUGUUGCUUCAACGCUCGGUCAAUUUACCUGUCAAUCUACUAAGUGAUGAGGAUGGAUGUUCUAGAGAAUCUGGUGAUCUUGAUGACGUUAUUGCUUCAAUCAGAGACCACAAGAUUACCCCCGAGACCAUGAGGUCAUUUAUACCCGAGGUCAAUUGGGAUCAAGUAGCUUCCAUGUAUCUUCCUGGUCGUUCUGGUGGUGAAUGUCAGUCAAGGUGGUUGAACUGGGAAGACCCCUUGAUUAAACAUGAAGGAUGGGAUUUAUCAGAAGAAAAGAACCUAUUGCAAGUUGUCCAGCAGAAGCGAAUGAGCAACUGGGUUGAUAUUGCUGCAUCAUUAGGGGUGUCUAGAACUCCUUUUCAGUGCUUAUCACAUUAUCAGAGGAGUUUGAAUGCUUCAAUCAUUAGGGGGGACUGGACAGAUGAGGAGGAUAGUAGACUCUGUGCUGCUGUGGAGACUUUUGGUGAGAGUAACUGGCAGGUUGUUGCUUCUGUCAUUGAAGGCCGAACAGGCACUCAGUGCUCCAAUAGGUGGAUUAAAUCUCUUCAUCCAGCAAGGAGAAGGUGCGGGAAGUGGAGUGCCGAUGAAGAUAAGCGUUUGAAAGUUGCUGUAAUGCUUUUUUAUCCUAAAUGUUGGAGGAAUAUAGGUCAAUCUGUGCCUUGGCGCACUCCAGUUUGGAAGAAGGUAGCUCAAUAUGUACCUGGGAGGACUCAUGUACAAUGUAGAGAAAGAUGGGUCAAUACCUUAGAUCCUUCUUUGAAGCUGGAUGAGUGGACAGAAGAGGAGGAUUUGAAGUUAAAAUCAGCCAUUAAUGAACAUGGAUAUUCCUGGUCCAAGGUUGCUGCAUGUGUUCCUUCACGUACUGAUAAUCAGUGUCGCAGGAGAUGGAUGGUGCUAUUUCCAGAUGAAGUUCCUAUGCUGAAAGAAGCUAAAAAGAUACGAAGGGAGGCUUUUAUUUCCAACUUCGUUGAUAGGGAGGAGGAAAGACCUGCCCUUAAACCCAAGGACAUAGUUCUGGCACAUAAACUUAGUAAAGCUGGAUGUGAAACUACUUCUGCUAAUAAAAAGCGGAAACGACGGCCCAGAACAGCAAAGGAUGAUAAGACUCCCAAGUGUGAUGCAGUACGUGAAAUGGAGAAGCAACACUCGGAGGGGAGUGAAGGUCCAGAGUCUUCUGAUCUUAUAAACAACCAGGAGAGUGAUAAGAUUUUGGAUGGUGAAGAGGCGGUUGAACAGGGUUGUAAUGAUGCAAGAAAGAAUAAGAGACGGUCUAGACGGCAUCCGAGAAAUACAAAGAAAGUUAAACCAAAUGAUAAGGUUCCAGAGGCUUCUGCUUCCAGUGCGGGUGAGUCAACUGUUGCAGAUGACAAUAUCUGCAAGAGGAGGAGAACCAGUUCGCUAGUGAAGAAAAAGAGUAGAACUAUCGCUUCUGCUUCCAUUACAGUGGAUUCUACUAUUGCAGAUGGCAAUAGCUGUAAGAGGAGGCAGAGAACCAGUUCGCAAGUGAAGAAAAAGAGUAGUGAUAAAAAUGCAAGACGGUUAGAAACUUCUGCAGUACCUGGCACUCUGGGAGGUGGCACUUCUGGAGCUUCCGUCCGUCACAAGCUUAAUAAAUGCACUCGAUUGAAGAAUGAUGAUAGAUCUUGCGUAGGUAAUCUGCCGGAAAUUGUAGGUGACUGCAUGACCCUUGCUUCCUUUGUCCGUAAAUCACGAGCAAAAGGAUGUUCAUUGUCUUUUACAAAGGUUGCCAGGUUGCAUCCAGACAAAGCUCAAGGUAAGGCUAUGGCUGGAGAUCACUCUAGCAGAUCUUGUAUAUCUGGUGGUCAUGAUGAGACGGAGAAGAGAACUAGCCAGGAAUGCACAAGUUCCAAUCAGAUAUCAGGGACUGAAGUAGGAGAUGACAUGCCCCUCUCUCUUUUUAUGGGCAAAGUGAAAAGGGAGAAGAUUGAAGUAGGGGACGACAUGCCCCUCGCUUUUUUUAUAGGCAAAGUGAAAAGGGGGCAACCAUCUGGAGCACAAGAUAGGAAAAGGAAGUAGAUCUAAGGCUGCUUAUUAUUCUCACAAGCAAGUCCAAUGGUGAGGGACAAACUUACUCACUCUUCUUCAUCUCGACUGGUUUGGAUGCAUACAUCGACAUUAUACGCAAACAUUCAGGCUGUUGGAGGGGGGAAUUAAUGAGAUUCACUUGUAUAGGCGAUCAUGAUUUGGAAAUUUUCUUUAUUUCCUGCUUGGGGCAUGAGUAGUUAUAAAUUGCUCAAAUGUUUUUUUGGUCUUUUACAAUUCAAAAGCCAUUCUUUGUAAUACUAAUGGGAGAGCCCUAAAGACGUGGUUUGGGGUAUUGAUUCGGCACUUCUGUCCCGUUUCCUUCUCACCACGUCGCACUGCGAUGAACUUUCUUUUUGUAAGUAUAAUAUUUCAUUUAGCAAAGUUGUCUUCUCAUAGUAUUUUCACAG